GUCUUUGUCUCAUCUUGUCGGGAAAUGCCCCUUCCAAACUCCGUCGGAGUAUAAUCCCGAUUCAACCCGAAUCUUUAAAACACAAAAUGGUUUAAUCUUUACGGACAAUGUCGUCUUCAAACUUCACAGUGGAAUCGUGUAACAUUGAUUCCGAGGAAGGGGUGAAGCUUCACACGAGAAUCUUCAAACCCAAAGACGCCGACGACGAUGAUAAGAAUCUGGUGAUAGUGUUGGUACAUCCGUUCUCGCUCAUGGGUGGUUGUCAAGCAUUGCUCAAGGGCAUAGCUUCUGAAUUGGCCUCUAAGGGUUUAUGGUCUGUCACUUUCGACACGAGAGGCGCUGGAAAAUCCACGGGAAGGGCUACUCUUACUGGCUUCGCUGAGGUCAAGGACGUGAUCGCUGUUUGUCGGUGGCUUGUUCAGGAGUUCGAGGUUGAUAGGAUCUUGCUCGUGGGUUCUUCUGCUGGUGCACCAAUCGCAGGAUCAGCAGUGGAGCAAGUAGAGCAAGUGGUGGGAUACGUGAGUUUAGGAUACCCAUUUGGUCUACUAGCCUCUGUUCUGUUUGGACGACACCACAAGGCCAUUCUCUCAUCCCUCAAACCCAAACUCUUCGUCAUGGGAACACGAGACGGCUUCACUAGCGUUAGCCAGCUUAAGAAGAAGCUUAAAUCUGCAGCGGGAAGCACAGAAACGCACCUCAUUGAAGGAGUUAGCCAUUUCCAGAUGGAAGGACCUGAAUAUGAUUCUCAGAUGGCUGAUGUCAUAUGCAACUUUAUUUCAUCCUUAUAAAAGAAGUCAUUAUGCAACCUGAUGAUGAGUAUCCAUGUAAGAGACAAGAGUUACACUUGAUUUGCAUCAUUGAUACAUGUUAUGACACAAUAACAGAGUUUGUCAGCAAGAUCGUUACAAAACAUUCUGCUAAUCUGCAUCCUCAGAGUGGGUGGAAAAGCGUUAUACAGCUACUUUCUUUGUGUGGAAGACAUCCAGAAACCAAAGAUCAAGCCGUGAAUGUUCUCAUUGGUCUAAUGUCCACCAACGACAAUAGAUGACUUGCACAAGAAGCUACUAGACUACUCUGAGGCGCGAAAACGUGGAAAGAGAGAUGACAAGCAUGGAAGGAAUGCUCAAGAUAGCAAUGAACGCUCAAGAUAGCAAUGAAAAUGCUCAAGAACGUCUUCUUGAAUUACCUAGAAUAGAUUGUAUAGGAAGCGUUGAGCUUAGAACCUUUUAGUUAGGAGUGUUGAGAAGAAUGAACACAUGUUUCUUUUGACCAUAAUGAUUGGUACAAUGAAAGAGAUCUUGGUGCAAAAGGAAGAUGACGAUCUUUGGGAUAUAACUUUGAUUCAGAUUCAAUGGAUUGCCCUUUCGUUAAAGGAUGAGUUAUUCCCUGAA